CCCUCGUCCUCUUUGACUCACUCCAGCGCUUCCCUCACCCCUCCACACUCCCCGCACAAACCGCAAGCAUGGCCGAGGAGAACAAGCCCGUCGCCCAGGAACAGGAUAUCAACCCCUGGUCCGUGGAUGGUGGUCGCGACGAGAACGGAGAAGUGGUCGCCAUCAACUAUGAGGCCAUCUGUCGGAAAUGGAACACCUCCGUCAUUGACGACAAGCUCCUCGAGCGCUUCGAGAAGGUGACCGGACACAAGCCCCACCGCUGGCUCCGACGCGGCCUGUUCUUCAGCCACCGUGACUUCGACCGCAUCCUGACCCUCUACGAACGUGGCGAGCCCUUCUUCCUCUACACCGGUCGUGGCCCCAGCACGGGCAGUCUGCACCUCGGUCACACCAUUCCUCUGCAGUUCACCAAGUGGCUGCAGGAUGUGUUCGACGUCCCGUUGGUCUUCAUGCUUACGGACGACGAGAAGGCCCUGUUCAAGGACACCGUUUCGUUCGAGGAUGCGUUGCAUUUCGCCAUGGAGAACGCCAAGGACAUCAUCGCCCUGGGCUUCGAUCUCAAGAAGACCUUCAUCUACAGCGACUUGAAAUACGUCAGCAACCACUUCCUCAUGAACGCUUGGGAGUUCUCCAAGCUGGUCACUUUCAACCAAGUCCGUGGUGCGUUCGGCUUCAACGAGAGCACCAACAUCGGCCGUAUCUUCUUCCCCUCCCUCCAAUGUGUCGCCGCCUUCGGUACCUCCUACCCUGAAAUCUGGAAGGACGAGCCCCUGCAGACCCGCACGCAGGAGAUUGCCAACAUCCAAUGUUUGAUCCCCAUGGGUAUCGACCAGGAUCCCUACUUCCGUCUGCUCCGUGACAACGCCCACCGCAUGACCUACCCCUCCCCCAAGCCCGCCCUGAUCCACUCCAAGUUCCUCACGGCCCUGCAGGGCGCGGGCGGUAAGAUGUCGUCCUCCGACCCCAACUCGGCCAUUUUCAUGACCGACACCGCCAAGCAAAUCAAGACCAAAAUCAACAAAUACGCCUUCAGCGGCGGCCAAGUCAGCAUCGAGGACCACCGUCGCCUGGGCGGCAACCCCGACGUCGACGUGUCAUACAUCUACCUGACAUACUUCGAGGAAGACGACGCCAGACUGGAAGAGAUCUACAAGAGCUACAAGAGCGGCGAGCUCCUGACGGGCGAGCUGAAGAAGAUGACCAUCGAGAUCCUGCAGCAGUACGUGGCGCAGUUCCAGGAGAAGAGAAAGGAAGUGACGGAUGAGGUCCUGGCGGCGUACAUGAAGCCACGCAAGUUGGAGUGGAAGGGGAACCCGAACCCGGUACCGGCUCCUGCACCGGCCAUUCGCACGAAGAAUGCGUGAUGCAGAGGGGGUGAUUGCUGGGGUUAUGUUUAGAUCGAUAUCCAAGCUACAAGCUAUUUGAAGCGAAUAGAUUCUCUGAAAUUGUGCAUACCACGG